CAGGGAAAACUUCGCGGCCGGUCCGUAACGGCGACGGACGCGACUGGCCAACACCAAAGUCGCCUCAUCCGUGUUAGGGAUUUAACUUCCGGCACCGACUUUCUAGUCGACACUGGUGCCGAAGUUAGUGUUAUACCCCGUAGCGCAAAUGAGGUCGUCUCACCAUCGCCGACCAAGCUGCGUGCCGCCAAUGGCACACCAAUCGCAACUUUCGGCGAAAAGCUGCUAACGCUCAACUUAGGCCUCCGGCGAACCUUUCGCUGGCCUUUCAUAAUCGCUGCUGUGCCUUUCGCCAUCAUAGGCAUCGACUUUCUUCAACGCUUCGACCUCAUCGUCGACGCUAAACGGAAGAAGCUUAUCGAUUCUAGGACACAGCUCAGUGUUAUCGGGACUAGCGCCAACGUGGCUGCUAUCACUCCCAUUCGUGUCCUACCUCAAGCUUCACAGCCUUUUCUAGAACUUUUCAGCAAGCACCCUAAACUCGUUCGCGCCCUGAACGACUUGCCGCCUGUGACGUCAAACGUCG